AUGAUAGAAACACAAAUAUCAGUAACAGAAAAAUAUAAUACAAACGUAACAACAGAACAGGAACAAAUAAUCGAAUAUACUCUAAAAACAAACACAGAUAAUUCAAUCAUAACAACCACAUUUAACUUAAAUAUAACUAAAAAGGACAUCAAUACCCUAACAAACAACAAUUGGCUAAAUGAUCAAAUAAUAAAUUUCUAUCUAAACCUAAUAGCGGAAGAUAACACAAACAAACCUAAUUUACCAAAAAUCCAUAUAAUGAAUUUCUUCUUCGUACCAAUGUUAAAAACUUUGGGAUACAACACAGUUAAGAGAUGGACAAGAAAAAUUGAUAUAUUCACAAACAACCUUAUAAUAAUCCCUGUACACAAAAACAAUAACCAUUGGACUUUAGCUACCAUAGAUCUAAAUAACCGAAUCUAA